AUGAGUCGAAAAUCCAGUGGUGAAUCGGCGUACUCGAGUGCGGCCGGUAUGAACAUGAACCAGCAACAAAUCGCAUUUGACGUGCAAUAUGUAGGUCAUUCAGCUCUCCCAAAAAACGGCACUGGCAAUGGUCCACUACAAAUCGCUCUCCUCGAAAUUUACUCACGUUUCAAUACACCAAAAGGAAUAAAAAAGUUUCCUCGGGUUUCAUUGCUCCUGACUAAAGAUGGCUUGAAAGUUAAUAAAAACGAUGGUAGCUUAUUUUAUUCGCUGUCUAAUAUUUCAGAAUGUAGAGCUGUAACAUUUGUUGGAAGCAAAACAAAAAUGAACGGUAAAAAAACUUACGGUUAUACAUUUGAGCAGGUCAGACAACAACAUCAACCGUCACAACAAUUUCAAAACUGGAUACUUAGUAAAGAACAAAAAUAUCUGUUGAAAACUAAGCAUUCUCCAAUACUUGCAUGUGUUUUGAGAAGUGAGCUGGGUAUAAAAACGUUGGAUGUGCAUGCCUUCGUGUGUCAGAAUAAAGAUCAGGCCCUCUCCAUCAGCCUCAGCAUUGAAAUGGCACUUCGAACGCUCGCUGAUAAAAUUCAACAGGAAUCACAACUAUUCAAUUACGAUCCUUACAGCAGCAGCAAGAAUGAUGUAGGCAACAGUGUUGCUGGUAGGUACUGUGGUGUGGGAGGCAACUUCAAAAACAACGGUGGUAACGUCGGUAACGGUAGUGGAAUCGGUUGUGAAAAGAGAAAUGAAUACAAGCAGCUGAGGUCACGUAAUGCUCCAGAGAGACAAACAUUUUCCCCAUCAACAACCAAAGAUGCCGAAUUACCUGAAGUGAUUGAAAUUUUGGGAGCAUUAGGCGCAGGAAAAGGAAGUGUCGUCAAUCCGGUAAUAAGAACAACCAACGUCAAUCUGAUUAACUCAAAUUUUUUCGAAACUCCCCAAUAUCAAAAUACUCCUAAUAAUGAAAACCGAGUGUUUCAAUUGAAUCAAAAUGAUAUGUCUAGACCUCAACAACAACAACAGCAGCAACAACAACAACAAUAUCAACAAGCCAUGCAACGAAAACAUCCCCAACAAAAACCAUCCAGAUCAGCUAGUAUGCAUUUCUUGAAUGACACUUCACUAUUCACGGAACAUCUAACUUUCGACGACCUCUACCAUGACCAGAAAAACAAAGCCAGCUACAGUUUUGAAAAAAAUAAAGUAGAAGAAAGCAGAAAGCCUCAAGUAAAACCUGUUCAACUGAGUCGUAGUCGGUCUUUCAAAAACGAAACGAACGUGGAAGAAAUCGGACUGCCAAGGAAAGCCGUCACACCCGACGACGGUUGGAAAGUUACAAAUUUUAGCAAUGUUAACGAUACAAAUUUUUCAGCGAAUUCGUGCGUUAAUUUGAAUCCAAUGGGUGAUAAGCCAGCUAAGCCAAUUGCAAUGGUCCAACCUCGCAAAAUUCAGGGUAUCAAAGUUUUUCCAGCAGGUAACGAUAGAACUCUUCUCAUACCGGAAAAAACAAAAUUUCUCAAAAAAACAAAAAACACGUCUCAACCUGAACAGUUGGCAGCAUCACAGCUCAAAGAAUCUAAGCUAACCAAACGUGAUUCCAUGGCGCUGUAUGCUACUGUCUCAAAAGUUAAUCGACAAAAUGACAUUAAGAAUUCUAACGUGAAUAAUAUCUACAUGAACUGCUCUAAAACUGAUUUGAGUCAAAAUUUCAAUGUUCUUUCGAAUUCCAGCAAUAACCUGAACAAAUUGACGCCCAUUAUGAAUAAAAGUGACAAAAAAGAAGCAAAAGAUCAAUUUGUUAUGAAAACUUCGUCUGAGUAUCAAAUAAAAAAGCAGGUGGUAAACGGGAGUGCAGAAAAAGAAGGAAGGAAUGAAAGGAUGAUGAUAUGGGCAGAAGAAUCAAAUCAAGACAUAACAUGGAACUGA